UCGAAGAGCUUUCGCCCAUUCACGCUCAAACAUUGCAAGCCCACAGGAAAAGAAAACCUUUCCAAAACCGCUCGUCACCUCUUCUUCCCCUGUUUCUCCCUUCCUCUCUCUGUCCCCAUUUCCCCGACCUGCGGAAUCCUAACCUUCACCUUUGUUUGUCCUGGGUUCUUGGGAUUCUGUGGCUGUUUCCUUGACGGAGGAGCAGCGGAGGACGGAUCGGGCCCGGGAGUUUGCCUUCUUCUUGCCCGGAUUUGGUGAAGAAGGCGGCGAGGGGUCUCGAUCUGCGAUGGGAUCCAAUGCGAUCGAGGACUACUGGAUCGAUGGCGGAGGGUCGGACGGGGAGUUGCGCUGCGCGCUGGAGAGUUUCUGUGAAAUGGCUCCGACUGCAGGAGUGCGGAUUGAAGAGGCCUACAGAGAUGCCAGCGGCCUUGAGCAGGCUAGCUUGAGGAAGAGGAUGAGAGAUGAAUCAUGUGCAGGACCCAAGUCUAAAGCAUGCCGUGAGAAGAUACGGCGUGAUAGGCUAAAUGAUAGGUUUUUGGAAUUAAGUGCCAUCCUUGAUCCCGGUAGGCAUCCUAAGUUUGACAAAGCCAGUAUUCUAAGUGAUGCAGCUCGUCUACUGGUACAAUUAAGAAGCGAAGCACAGCAACUUAAGGAAUCAAAUGAAAAGCUUCAAGAAACAAUUAAAGAUCUAAAGGUGGAGAAGAAUGAGCUUCGAGAGGAGAAGAUGAGGUUGAAGGCAGAUAAGGAGAGAUUAGAGCAACAAAUCAAGGUCAUGAGUGUGCCUCCGGCAGGAUUUAUGCCACAUCCAAUCGCAUACCAUCCUACUGCUGCCACCGUCGCAUUUGCUCCACAUGGUCAGGCCCCGCCGAGCAAAUGUGCCCCCUUUACUGCAUUCCCUGGCGUAGCCAUGUGGAAAUGGUUGCCUCCUCCAGUUGUGGAUACCACACAAGACACCAAGCUUUGGCCUCCCAAUGCUUAGACACUCAAACUGCAGCAACCGCAUCUUUUUGCUGGCCCUUCUUUUAUUAAAAUUUGCUUUCAUUACUGAAGUUUCUGUAGUCUGAUUGGAGCGCAUGUGGUCCGCUUCUGAUGUGGUUAUUAGGCGGCAGUGUAAAAGGGGUCCCCUGACGUUUUGACUCAAUUGUGAAUGUGCAAGGAUUGUGCUUGUUUCAGUAUUUCGACGAAACCCAAUACAGCCUGCAGUCUUUCAGCUUUCUUACUCCACGUAUGGAAUCUUUGGUCGGAAGCAGACCUUUUAUCAAAG